AUGAAAGACAUGUUCAUCAUUUUUGUGUUCUUGUCGGUCCUCUCACUUUCAUCAUGUGAAAUAUUCCGCCCGGCUGCUAUCCUUGACACUGACCGUAAUGUCCUCCGAUCUGGCACCAAUUACUACAUCUUACCCGUGAUGCAUGGCAAGGGUGGGGGACUAACUCUGGCAAGCGACGGGGGCCAGACAUGCCCCCUUGAAGUGGUGCAAGAAGUUAGCGAAGGCAAAAACGGGCUACCUGUGAAUUUUGCAUCUGCUAACAAAGAUGGCAUCAUUCGUGAAUCAAUCGAUCUUAAUAUUAAGUUCGUUGAUUCAGUGACAUGUGCUCCGAACAUGGUUUGGCAGGUUAACUAUUUUAACAGGAAAGGGACCGUGUCAAGCAAGGGGACCUUAGGAAGGCCGGGCCAGGACACGAUGAGCAAUUGGUUCAAGAUACAAAAGUAUGAGGAUCAUUACAAGUUAGUACACUGCCCCUCGGUGUGCUACAAUUGUAAAAAGCCAGCUUGUUCGGAUGUUGGUUCCAUGGUUGAUGAAAAAGGACGCAGAAGUUUGGUUUUAAGUAACGAACCCCUUAAGGUCAUAUUCAAAAGGGCAUAA